AUGAACAGAGGCGGCAGAUAUAAUGACUCUUAAAGAGCUGGUGGCUAUGGAGGCUAAGGUAACUAUUAAGAGCAGCCACGAAGAUAAUAAUAACAGCCAUAUUCAGGUGGCAACAGAUACCAAGGAGCAGGCUUUGCAAAUAGAAGACCAUAAGGUGGAAUCCAAAAUAAGUUCAGAAAUCAAUAAAGAUAGAGAUAGAACAAUAAUGCAGUAGUCGGACAAAGAAGAAUACAGAGAAAUCAUCAAAUUGCUGGAAAUCAGGGACAAAACCAAGGCCAAAGAAAUAACGAGAGAUAGGGCACUUUAAGAACAAGAGGUGGAGUUAGAAGCAAUGCCUAUAGAGAGGGUGGUGCUACAAAUUUCAGAAGAAGACAGCUAUAGACUAAUGGAGGACAACAAAGAUUAGGUUUGAAUCAGAGAUCUAAGAGAAUUGGAAAGAUUAGAAGACAACCAAUAGCAUCAAGAAACACUUAGAGCUAUUCUAAUAGAAGAACUUUAGGAUUAAGAACACCUAGAACUCAAUAAAAUGUGCAAAGGACUCCUAGCCAAUAAAGAUAAAGUGCAACAGGAAAUAUCUAUAUCGGACAAGUAAAGCUACCUGACUUCGAAUCACUUAAGAACCUCUAAGUAAAAGCAGAGUUAAAAAAACUAGGAGAAAUCCCAAGAGCUUACAAUGACAAACUGAAUUUAGAUAGUAUGCAAGUUGACAAUCACCCAGGCAGAUUAACACUCGAUCAAAGAUUCAAUAGAAUUUAGGGUGUUAGACCAACUAGACCAAACGUCAACGGAGGCAGAGCAAAGGGAAAAACUCUGAGAUUGGUAAAUAGACCUAAGUAGGCUGGUUCAAGAAGAUAUUGA